AUGUCGCGCUUUAGCUUCGACUCAUCUACCUCACGCAAUGAAUCGAUCUCAGUAGAAAACCCAGUUGACGUGAUACCUUUUCACAGGAACCGCGCACUUUCAAUCCGCUCCAACAAAUCGAGAAACUCCGGCGCUGCUGGUGGUAGUAAGAAGGGGGGCUUUUCGUUCAACUCACUCAGAGGACAAGUCCAGCCUGAACUAUCUCGUAAGCUCUACCGUCUUAUCAAAUCCGAGAACAACCUCAUCGGCGCUCACGAGACGGCCGGCCGUGAACGAGUUUCCAUCGCAACGCAGCUGUCGGAAUGGGGUGAGCAGACUGGAGAUGAUAGCAUCAGUGACAUCUCGGACAAGGUUGGUGUUGUCUUGAGUGAGAUGGGCGAACAGGAAGAUUCAUAUGCUCAUGCACUUGAUGAUUCUCGAGCACACCUCAAGGCUAUUCGAAACACCGAGAAAAGUGUGCAACCUAGCCGAGAGAAUAAGGACAAGAUUGCCGACGAAAUCCAAAAGCUCAAGUUGAAGGAGCCUGGCAGCACAAGAUUGCCUGUUCUUGAACAAGAGUUGGUGAGAGCGGAAGCUGAGAAUCUCGUUGCAGAGGCUCAGUUGACAAACAUCACCCGACAGAAGCUCAAGGAGGCUUAUGCUUCCGAGUUCGCCGCCACUAUCGAACGGGCCGAGAAGCAGAUUAUUCUGGCCAAGCAUGGCCGUCGUCUGCUGGAGCUCCUUGACGACUCACCCGUUGUUCCUGGCGAUACUCGAGGCACCUACCAACAUUCCUCCCAGGCUCGACAGAUUCUUAACGAUGCCGAGGACGACCUUCGAGACUGGCGACCUGAGCCUGAGGGUUUCUCUACCCCUGUCCAGAGCCGAUCUCCAACCCUCGGAGAAAAGGGCAAGGAGUCGCAGAUAAACGACGAUCGCAUGUCUCCUGUUCAGUCUGAGGCUGCCACGGUGGAAUCAGAAACCUCUCCUAAGGAGCAAAGGGGUAUUAAGUCCUCUGUUUAUGCUGAAGUCGCUGGCUAA